AUGUCAGUCGAAGAGGCUGUCAAGCAAAUUAUUGAAAACAACUAUGUUGUUAUUUUCGGCACAUCCACCUGCAAGAAUACCAAGUAUGCUUUCGACUUGAUUGGGGACUAUGAUGCCGAAACUUUGAUCGUGAAUCUGGACCAGGAGCCCAACGGCAAUGAAAUCCAGAAGUACCUCAACAAAGUUACCCGCCAGUAUACGAUGCCCAAGAUCUUCAUGUGCGAGAACUACGUUGGCGGCUUGAAAGUAGCGGAUUCCAAGCAUGUGUACGAAACGGGAGUUACUUUUGAUUUAGUGUAA